AGGCCUUUCCGGUUCCGGUGCGCAGGGCAUGGUGGGAUAUCGGGGGAGGCCAUUAGAGCGGUAAAGCUGAGCCCACGCUGAAUAGAGAGGUGCCUCGCGGAGCGUAAGUGGCAGGCGGGAGCGCGGCCUCUCAGCGGCCGGUUUAGAGCUGUACUGUUGCAAAGAUGUCCAUCGGAGUGCCAAUUAAAGUGCUGCAUGAGGCAGAGGGCCACAUCGUGACAUGUGAGACCAAUACAGGGGAAGUCUACCGUGGCAAACUCAUUGAGGCUGAGGACAACAUGAACUGCCAGAUGUCCAACAUAACAGUGACAUACAGAGAUGGGAGAGUGGCACAGCUGGAGCAGGUGUACAUUAGGGGUAGCAAGAUACGGUUCCUCAUUUUGCCAGAUAUGUUGAAAAAUGCUCCUAUGUUAAAGAGUAUGAAGAAUAAAAACCAGGGUUCUGGGGCUGGACGAGGCAAAGCAGCUAUUCUCAAAGCCCAAGUGGCUGCAAGAGGAAGAGGUCGUGGAAUGGGCCGUGGCAACAUUUUCCAGAAGCGAAGAUAAUUUUGGACUUGACUUACCUUUUUUGUUUUUAAGGGUUUAAUUUACUACGGGUGCAGCAGUUAGGUUUCUGUUUAAAUAAAAAUCUGUUUCUGACAAAAUAGAAA